UAUUCGUUCUGAUUCAGUUUUAGUUGGGAACGAAAAGCCACCAAUUAAGAUUUUUAUUUAUGGAAUGGUUUGUAGUGAUGGACAUCAAGUGUUUGUAUAUAGCGCUGCCUCUGAAAGAGGGUUGGGAGCACAAUGGACAAAAAUGGAUAUACAGUACAGCACACUGAGGGAAGAGGAGGGGGCAUCUUACAACCCUUGAAUGUAUAACCAGCAGGUUGGAAAUAGUGGUGGGUUUUAUUUUUAUUUUCAAAUAGGCUGGUAGUAAAUUUCUUCAUUUUCUUACACGUAACCUCCAGAAAGGAUGUUUUAAAUGCUGAAGAAUUUAGGGAACAGAACCUGAAUAGUGUUCCAGAGUUAGAGAUAAAAUACCUUAAAGCGUGGUGGUGUGGGAUUGUGUUUUGUUGUCUUUGGUUUGGGUUGGGUUUUUUUGGGGAGGAUUAGCUUACGCUGACCUAUAAAAAUAAAUUAAAAAAUGUAGGUGACUUGCUGCUAGGUCAGAAACUGUCUUUACUUGGGAGGGAGUAGGAAAGCUUUCUUCUAAGGUUUCUUAAAUAAAGAUAAGCACACUUAAUUAUUAAUGCACCUGUUUAAUGUGUUCCACUGCAAAAAGGUGCUUAUUUGCUAUCUCUCCAUGUCAUCAGGGAGAGAAAGAGAAGGCCAUUUUUAGAAGAAAUGCUUUCAUUCUAGGUAAGGCAUUUGGUUGCCUUUUUUUGCUGGUUGAUGAAUCAAUUGUCUUUCACAAGCACAAUCGGUGAGGUGUUGGUAUCUUGCAAGAAUUUAAAGAGGCUACUAAUGUAAACAUUUUCUUUUUUAGUGUGCUUACAUUCUUGGGUUGUAGCAGCAAAUCACAAAUUUAUGCUAAGGUUAUUUAACAGGAUAUGGAGAGACAUGAUAAAUUGUUUUCACGUUUCUAGACUUAUGUAGUGAUAGUUGUUAAUAGCGUACAUGACAACUGCAAGCUAGUUGCAGUCACAGCCUUGGAGAGAUAUCCUUUGCUUACAAGGAACAUGCCUACACAUUAUUUGAGCUGCUUAGAUAGGACAAAGUGUCAUCCUUUUUUGCCAGUGUAGAAGUCUAAUGGAAACCACUUUAGCAAGAUGCAAACAAAUUGCAUUGUCCUGUCAUUGUGAGUAGUCUUUUUUAUAAAGUUGUAGCUGGUAUACUUAACUUUAAUAGAUUAUUUUGUAACGUGAGGCAAGCAGCACAUAGAGAGAACUACAAAUUGUUGAGGAAAACCUGGAUUUAGAGAAAAGUCCUGUUAUUCGGAGAUGGGUUCUCCAGGCUUAUGAACCUGAAUGUCUUCAACGUGGUGUGAAAAAAGCAAAGCCUUUCCUGGUUAAAUGGUCUUUUUAGUACAGUGCUUGUCAGCGUUUCAUGUCCUAUUGUCUUGACGUUCUGUAGUCACUGAUUUUCAGUUCAGCCAUUUAGAGUCUGGUUUCUUCAGUCACCUGUCAUCUUGGAUUUUGCAGAAGUGGCCUACCUCUUAGAUUACCCAUCAUAGUGUAUUAAUUACAGUACCUAAAAUUACUUAAACACGUAGAGUCUUUUUUCUAAGGAUUUGAUUCAGAAUCUUUAUAUUCUUCAUCUCUUGUAAACAGGAAAACAUAAUCCAAGCAGUUCCUUUUUUUCCCUCUGAAUGAUAACAGAUAUCAUAGAUGUCCUUUCAAGAGGAAAAAAUUCCUCCCUAACAGCUCACCAGUUUGUGAUCAUACUCUCUUGAUACAAUAGCACAUCAGUAGAUUGUCUGCAUGGUUUCAUUUUGAAAUAUCAGAGGCUGUUAGCUGAUGAGCACAGAUAUUUCGAGGGGAAAAUUGGUGGUAUUUGUGUCAUCAUCCUGGACUCUGGUUCUUUGCCACCUACGUGUAAAUCAAAAUCUAAUAGUAAAAAAUUUGGGGUUUUCCCUCAUGGUUUUACUUUCUGGAGUCCUGUUGUGAGCUGUAACCUGAUACUGAGUUGACAUCUUUUUCUUAAUUAUGUACUAAGAUUAUUUACAGUGACUACUGUGCAGCACAACUCUGUGCUCAUUAAACAGUUGUUCUUGCAAGGUGCAGCUAAUAGAUAAAGAUAUUGCCCUCUUAAAGCUUGGAGCAUUAGAGCUGGUCUUUGACCUAUAAUUCCCUGGUUUUGAUUCCAUCGUGUUUUCUUCCUAAAAAUCACAUGGGUUUUAAACACCUAGUUUUAAAGUGAGAGAGAAUGUGUAUUUGAGCUCAUGUGUAGGCUGAUGCCUGUUACACCCAUCCCAGACCUACUUGUCCCCACCUCCAGAUGAGGAGGUGGGGCAGGGAAAAUCCUGAGGGAUGAGCCGGCAGAUGAGAUUAUCAAAACCUACAGCCACAGCCCUCUGUUUGAAAGAAAUGUGAAAAAUCUAGCCUUAAAUUUUAUCAUGUUUCCUGUAUGGGGAGUUUGUCUGGGAUGGACUUCAGUAACCCACUUCGGGAACUUUUAGAUAUAUUUUCAGCAGAUUAAUACUGAAUUAUGCUCAUAAUACAAAAGAGAUUUUAUAGUUCAUAGGCACAUUUCAUAUUCCUCUGAUCAUGCUCCAUCUGAUAAGUAUGUAACUCAGCAAAAAUGAAGGAGGAGGUACGUCUUUUUAUAGCUUCAGUGAGUAAAACCAGUUUGUGGAAAGCUCUAGCGUUGUCCCAACUGACAAAAGGGAGAGGGUCAGAUUGCACAUCUAGAAGCACGAUCAAGCAGAAGAGCCAAUAAUUAAAUUAACUUGUACACCAGUAAAUAAAUGUCUUUGAAUAAAAAAGUUUAGUUCACAUUCUUUCUUGAUUUGCAAUAUUGCCGAGUCAGAGUCUUUACAAAAUGAAGGCAUAAGAAAUGCUUAUCUCAGAUGAAAACACACCUACCAGCAAAACCAAACAAUAAUAGAGCUGUUUCUGGUUAAGCUCACCAAGUGAGGCAUAUAAAAUUUAACCAUGUUGAUACAUUAAGAUCUUCUGAAAGAGGCUAGGUGGAUGAGUUUAUUAGAAGUUAGAAUAAGAAACUGAAAUAGUUCAUAGGUUGUACUUUACAAAUACCAGUUGCAUACAUAAUGAUUUUCCUCUAAUUUCUACACCAAGAUGCUUUUUUCUUAUUUAACUACAUAAGUCAUAAGAUUUCCUUAAUGCUUGCUGUUAAAAAGAAUUGAAAGGCUUCAAGAAAAGUAGCAUGUUUGCCUUCCAGUUAUCUUCAGGUGCUAAUGUUGAACGAGGCUCUGCAGCCUGGUGCUUGGUAUCGGAUAUGUUUCCAGCUGCAACAGAAGAAAGAUCGACCUUGGCACACUCAGUGGCAAAACUAGUGUUGAAUGGAAUGAGGAUAGUGAUGUUGAUUCUCUGAAUUUAGUCUAUUUCACAAUGUGAUACGCAUCUUUGUAUUUAAGACUAUUUGAGAAUCAUUUCAGCAACUGAAUGAGUGGUAGUGGUCACACCUACUGUUCACAAUAGGAUUUGUUUUCUGGAAUAUUUAGAUCUUGCUUUAGAGAUGAAUACACAAAAAUAGACAAGUAGUCUAGCUCGCAUUUUCACCUGUGCUUAACUUAAUGCUCGUAAGUUUUACUGCCAGGUAUUUCCUGAUUUCAGCAUCUUCCUGUUUUAUCUAUAUACCACUUUUUCUUUUAUAAACUGUUUAAUCAUUCUUUAAACUUUCCCCCGAUUGAAAAGAUUGUCAGCCUUUCUUAAGGUUUUUGGCAACAGUAUUCAUGCUUGAUUUUUAAUGCCUUUCUAAAGUUAAGCGUAAUUGUACUGAGGUAGAAACUAUGAAGGAAGCAAGCAAGCACUGAAUGUUUUAGAUCAAAAUCUUCCUGGCAGCACAUCCUUAACCAUCAGCACUGAAAAGUAUCUUAAUUGUAGUCAUUAUGCUAAGAUAUAUAAUUGAAAUAAACUUUACUUGUCCAAGAGAUUUCUGACUAGUUGUGUUAUUAAUGUAGUUUUGAUUAGUACUGGCAGUCUGCUGAUGCUCAAAGUUUUUAGGUCACAUAGUUUGAGAAAAAUGUGUUACGAGCAUCUAGCUCAAGAUCUAAAAAGCAGAGGGGGUAGGGAAGACAGUUAUUUCUAAAUCCAGAUUUAGUGCCAAAUAUUAUUGUAUUUCUGUGCAUAUUGCUACCUUUAGCAGAAUUUUCUGCCUGCUCAGUGUGUGUAUACAAUGUGAGUUUUUUAGAUAUCCAUGUUAGAGUGCACAGCUUUGAGCUAAGAGCUUGGCAGGGUGGAUUCUGAGUUUGUCCAUUCUGGAAGAGCACUUCAGAAAUCUUCAGACUAGUUUUGGCCUCAAUGAAGAUCAUUGACUGGAAAUAAAUUUCUGACACUUCAACUAGUGUAUUAAUGCAGUUCUUGGGGAGAGUGUGUGAUGGGAUUAGGGAGGUAUUAGGGAGUAUGUAAUUGGUCCCACUUUUGUGUCCUACUGGAAUCCUGUACCUGAUUCUUUCUGGUAUCCACAAUUCAGUCACUUGAAAAAUUGGAGAACCUGAAGGGUAGUCACCAGAUGAAAUAUGAUUUGGCAGAAGGUUGUAAAGAACAAAACUUUUUUUUUGGGCAAGGAAUCUGAGGAGUGACUUCUCAGUCCAGAAGUACAUACAUGGAGACUAGAAAUGUAAAUAGCGAAGCCUGUUCAGUCUAGCAAAGGUAUUGUGAGAUUCAGCCAGUAGAGUGUGAAACUAUAGAUGUCUAGGCUAGAAAGUACAUACUUUUAACAGUGACAGUAAUUAGUUAUUGGAAUGGCUCGCAUUAAAUGGCUAGGUUUCACCACUGCUUUCUGAAGGUUAAAUAAAUUGAGUCCUAUGUAUGUUUUCAAUUAAGAUCAGGCUAAAUAUUUGUUAUGAUUCCUUUGACCCUGACUCUCUAUAAAGAUUGAAGUGAAAAUGAUUGAGACUGGAAUACAUGAUCAUUUAAACGUUUUGGACAGUAUUUUUCAAAUCCUUUGAAAAUACAUGUGCACCUUGAGUCUCCUGCCUUCACGACUGCUGGAUUGUAGAUAUGCUUUAGGGUUAAUUUAGGAAAGAAGGAAUGUGGUUUUGAGCUACACUGACCUUUCAUUGGUGCACUGAACCAGGUGGUUGAAAAUUUAGCAGGACUUUAUUAGGCUUCCUCUAAAAUUCGUGGUAUUUGUAACCCAGACUAAACAUUGGUGUGGGAGAGUGGUAGUAAACAACUGCAGCCUUCACUUAGCUCAGUAAUGUUGUCUUUUAAAUGGUGUUCUUGCAGAAAGGAGGAGGUAUGGGAAAGGUCUAGGACUUACAGACAAGGAAGGGAAAACUCCUGGUAGAGAGAAGAAUGUAAUGCCAAAAUAGAACUGGGUAAAAAUACAAACACCCAUGUAGUUAAUUAGCACUUCAGUGUUGGAUGUGCAAAGACAACUGGAGCAUUUGAUCUGAAGAUCCUCACAAAGAGUAUGGAACACCUGUAGGGUCGAAAUUUGGGGACAUGUGACCACACUGAAUAGAGAGGAAACUUGAGUUUCAGCUACUGUUCUGGUGGGAAUAACACCUGUUUGUAUAAAAUAUAUCUACAAGGGAGAAAACUGAGACCUUAUUAGAAUAUAGAUUUGUCCAGCACUUGGGGUAUUCACCAGAAACUUGGGAAAUGGCUUCCAGAUACCCACACUCGUCAGUGCCGAUUCAGACCUGCUCAGAGCCUGUAGUUGUCUGAGGAAGUAGCACAGCUGGGACAACCCAGUCUAUUAAUAUUCAAGACAGCAAGCUUAAAGCUAGUUCAGUUACAUCUGUGCAAGCUGUGGCUGCACCUUUAAACUGCCUAGAUCACAUUUGGAGUGCAAUUUACUAUUCUUGUCUUACAAUAAACCAAAAAUGUUUAUUUUAGAAAGAGUGUCCAAAAUGCUAAUUACAUGUGAGAAUACAGUGUGUUUUCAUCUGUAUGUGGAUAAUCCAACCCUGACUGUUCUGAAAGUGUGGAAAGACUUAGGACCCAUAUUUUGAGAGUUGUAGGUGGAGCAGAUAACUGCAUUACUGUGUCAGCUUCUAUUGGAUUUAUGUUUACAUAAACAUCCUUGAAGAUCUAGUGUAAUCGGCUUUUCGUAGUGAUUUCAACGUGAAGUGCUUAGUGUACACUGAAGGAUAAUCAGGCGGCUCUCUCUGAAGGAGGGGUGAGAAGGCAUUUGCUGUAGGAAGAUGCCUGGGAAGUCAGUUUUGUGCCUCUUCUGCCUGUGCAUUCUCUGCACAUUGUUACACGCUGUUCUUUACUGAAGGGUUUACGUUCCGAGUCCUGACUCCCGGGCAGUAAUCUGUAGCAUGCCUGAGUUGUAAGGUCAGAGUCCAAGACACACAUCUUUCUCUUUGGAAGAAUGUUAAUUAAUGCAUGUUUUCUAUAUCUGUAAUCUGGGAUGAAACUGGUGCCUAUUUAAUAGACAGAGACCCGACCUACUUUGGGCCAGUGCUGAACUAUCUCAGACAUGGGAAACUGGUUAUUAACAAGGACCUAGCUGAGGAAGGUGUACUGGAAGAGGCUGAAUUCUACAAUAUCACAUCACUAAUAAAACUGGUAAAGGACAAAAUAAGAGAAAGAGACAGCAAAAUCUCACAGGUGCCAGUCAAACAUGUGUACAGGGUGCUGCAGUGCCAGGAAGAGGAACUCACUCAAAUGGUUUCCACAAUGUCCGAUGGCUGGAAGUUUGAACAGCUUGUCAGUAUAGGUUCCCAGUACAGCUGUGGCCGGGCCCAGCAGUCAGAGUAUCUGCUGAUAGUGUCACGAGAAGUGAAAGGGGAAGAGAGAUGCUUCCAGAAAUGCUGCAGUGAGCUGGUCAGUAUUGGUUCUUCCUAUAACUAUGGCAAUGAAGAUCAGGCUGAAUUUCUGUGUGUUGUCUCAAAGGAAUUGCAUAACACUCCCUAUGGCACAACCAGUGAACCCAGUGAAAAAGCAAAGGUAUAUGUUGUGCCUGGGGGGAGGUGGGAAACUUUAAAAAAUUUCUUUUUGGUGGAGAGGUUUCUGACAGCUGUGUUCAGGAAUCUUGACUGGACCUUGGGACCUGUUGUCUCAGUAGUUCUCUCUUUGCCAGCGUUAAUCCUCUAAUCUGCAAUCUAUUCAUUAGUGUCUGAGUUGGUCUCAUGAAUCAUACGACUGAAAUUCUGGUAUCCAGUGAUGUAUACAGAAUAAUGUGCUAAUGUACUGGGACUUUUAGAAGCCAUGAGAAAGUCUUCCUAUUACUUUUACAGCAGGUUGGGUUAGAGACAAUAAAAAACUGCCAGUAUGUAAUUUUUACUGACAAGCAUUUCAAUUUUAAUUAAUAGUACUGGACUUUCAGAAUAGAGAAAAGCAUUUUUCUGAUAGCCCAUCUAACCAAGCUUCACCUUCAUUCCUUCCUAGAGACUGUUUUUCUUGUCUUUUCUUUUUUUUGGAACACAGUUUGCAUAGUAAGUUAGUAGCUGACUUCUGUGUAACCUUCUGUUACACCUCAGCGAAGGGAAUUAACGGCAUUUGGAACAUUGACUUUAAAUGGUUCCAGUGGCUUUUACUGGUAGCCAUAGCUACUGAAGGGUAACCUGUAUUCCCGUGAGCAUUCUUUUCUUUCCUACCGCUUUAUUGACUUGUCACUCUUGGGACAAAUGACCAAAGCUUGUUCAUAAUGUCUGCAUCCAAAGUUAGAUUCUCAAGUGAUAUCCUUUCCCAUCCGUGGCGAAGAGUACACGGAGUUUAAGGUACCAGCUUUACAGUUUUAUUUAAAUUUUCUCUGUACUUACAGUCCCUAUUGUUAUGUUGCAUGGCACUAUUGGCUUCUAUCUGCUGACUUCAGGACAUUUGAAAAAGGGAAUUUUCGUGAAAUCUGUAAUGGUCCUUGAAAUUUUCUGCUGUCAUACUUUCUUACAAAAAGUGGGAGUCUCAGAUAAAAGUAAAUAAAUGUAAUUCCCAGAUGCUUCAAGUGUAAGUGGACUGUACUUUCUUGCAGCUCUGACUCACUUGCAAUCUCUUCUUUUCCCUUCCUUUCUCUAUACUUGCUGCAUGC